CCUAAUCUGGUCAUGACUGUAAAUAUUAAAUUACUAACUUUAGUAUGUGUACUUUAUUCGUUACAUCAGACGUCUUCUACAAGAUGGUGCGACAAAAAUCAGACCUUCCACAGAGAAGGGGUGAUCGGGGAGCGCGGCGUCUUCCCGUGGCUGGGAGUGCUACGGGUUCAUAUUCAUCAGAGAAACAAAUUCAGUGUAGCUCUGACAGGUAUAGUUCUGGUAAAGAAGGACUACGCCAUCGCAAGCGCGCAGGACAUCAGCCAGGUGCCAAGAAGACACAUCAUAGCGGACAGCAGAGCCAUGUUCGUCGUUCGUGACUUCACGCAGUGGUUCUGUGGUGUCAAGGGGGUGACGGUUCAUCCGGACUUCGAGUACAACACGUUUAACAGUAUUGCCCUGCUGCAUCUGACUAAUAGUAGCUCAAUCCCGCCGAUAUGUUGCACAGCAUCUUCAGGCAAACUUGUAAACCAGCUUUAUGCGAUGGGAUACACAGACAGGAAUAAAAUACUGGAGAAGGAGCUGUACAAAAUAAACUACGUGCAGCCUGAUCUGUGUGGAGAAUUUUACAAUAGAGUGGGGUUCAAGCAACCGUUAGCUGACGAGCAAGAGUACGUGUGUGGUGCCGCGCCGACCAACCGCGACCACUGCCGGUGGGACAGCGGGAUGGUCCUGGCCUCCAACACCACUGGCUAUUGGCAACUGGUCGGUUUCGGUGUCGGCGGUCCCGGGUGUGCGGCCCCCGCCCGCUUCAUAUCCACAGUUCACUAUCUACCGUGGAUCGAGUCGGUCAUUGAACAGAACGACCCGAUAUAUUAUAAUGGAUAUAAAUAUUAACUAGAUAAAAACUUACGUUUUUAUUAUCUUCUUUAAGGUGCUACGCCAAGAAGUUUCAAACCUUUUUUGACAAUUAUA